AUGUUCAGACUAAUUUCAUGUUCUUCUAAUGCUGGGAAUUCAAGGGUACUACUAAACUGCAUACGUUGUCUUCACAAUACACCAAAAAUAAGACAAUCAUCAUCUUCAUCUACAACCAAACCUACAUCAAAUAAUAACACUUCAUCAUCAAUAGAUUUCAAUUCAUCUGUCACCAAUAAUAAUAACCUUUUCAUACAUAGAUUACCAGAAUCAACUGCAGAACAAUCACCACUUUUAGUAUCAUUACAUUCAAGAUUAAAUUUAAGUCCACAAUUCAAAUUAAGUACUUUAUCACAAUGUUUAAAUAUGUUAAAAACUUCAUCAAAAGAAAGUGAGGGAUUGGCCAAUAAUUUUGGCUUAAAUACAAUUGGUAAAACAUUAUUAAGUUACUACGUCAGUGAAUAUUUGUUAAUGAAUUAUCCAAGAUUACCUAUGACAAUCCACAAUGCAUCAGUGGACUCCUUAAUGGGUGUAAAAACAUUAUCAGAAAUUGGUAAAAGUUGGGGUAUUGAAGUCGAUGAAAUAAGUAAAAUUGAUAGAUUUUUAGGUCAAGAAUCUGAAUUUAUAAAAUACGGUAGAUUAAGAUAUAUGACUAAUGAUAUAAAAGAAAAUAAAAUAAAAAUUAAAGGAAUUGAAGAAAAAAAAGACCCAUUAACUAUGUUGAAUCAAGAAGAUAUAGCGUACGCAAGUGCUGUACGAUCAAUAAUAGGUGGCAUAUAUACUCAUUGUGGAGAAGAUGUUGCCAAAACUUUUAUAAAAGAUCACAUAUUAUCAAGAAAUUUACAAUUUGAAAAAAUGUUUGAAUUUAAUAAACCAAUUUCAGAAUUGAUAAGAUUGUGUGAUAAAUUACAAUUCAAAGAACCUUUGACAAUAAGGUUAAUUGCAGAAACCGGUAGAUUAUCAGCUCAUCCUCAAUUUUUAGCUGGUUGCUUUGUAGGUGAUGAAAAAUUAGGUGAAGGUAUUGGAUCAAGUUUAAAAGAGGCUCAAAUUAGAGCAAGUAUUAAUCUGUUACUAAGUUAUUAUUUAUACUCACCUAUUAAUGAAAAUGGUGAUCAAGUAAAAUUACCAAGUGAUGAAAAUUAUAAAUUCGAGGGAAUUAUUGAUAUUGGUGAUGUUGCAAUUUAA